AUGGCGGGGAUGAGCUUGUACAGCGUAAAUGCUGUGUUGAUCCUCUCAAACGACGGUGACCGGAUAUUCACAAAAUACUACAGCCCACCUCAUAGCGCACCUGGAAGCGUAACAAGUCCCUAUGCGGACCUCAAGUCGCAGAAGUCGUUUGAGAAGGGACUGCUUGAGAAGACAGUCAAGCAGACUGGCGACAUUAUCCUGUACGACAACCAGGUAGUGCUCUACAAGAGCGAGUCCGAUGUGAUGAUGUACGUCGUCGGAGGCGCGGCUGAGAACGAGGUUCUGCUCUACAACGUCAUCCUUGCCCUACGUGACUCGUUACAUCUGCUUUUCAAGCAGUCCGUUGACCGGCGCACAAUAAUCGAGAACUACGACCUUGUUUCCCUUGCCAUUGACGAGAUUGUCGACGACGGCAUCAUUCUCGAAACCGAUCCGACGAUUGUCGUCCAGCGAUGCAGCAAGGCUCCUACACAAGACGUCAACCUGAGCAGGAUCGAUCUUAGUGAACAGGGUGUCAACAACCUCGCCCAGCUGGGCAAGAGCAAGCUGGCUGACUGGUUGCGACAAGGCUUGUAG